GCGGGAGGGCGGAGGCGGCAGUCGGGCCGCCAUGCUGCUCACCGUGUUCUGCCUGCGCCGGGACCGCAGCGAACUCACCUUCUCCCUGCAGGUGGACGCCGACUUCGAGCUGCAGAACUUUCGCGCGCUGUGCGAGCUCGAGUCCGGCAUCCCCGCGGCCGAGAGCCAGAUUGUCUAUGCAGAAAGGCCUUUAACUGACAACCACAGAUCAUUGGCCUCAUACGGCUUGAAAGAUGGGGAUGUGGUGAUUUUACGACAGAAGGAAAAUGUAGAGCCACGGCCUCCUGGCCAUUUUCCAGGUCUGCCCAGGAUAGACUUCAGCAGCAUUGCAGUACCUGGAAUGUCAACUCAGCAGCCUCAGCAACCAGCACAGCAUCUGCGCUCGUCACCACCUGAAGCACCUUCCUUCCCUCAGGGCUUGGACAAUCCAGCACUAUUGCGUGACAUGUUGCUUGCCAAUCCUCAUGAGCUGUCCCUGCUGAAAGAACGCAAUCCACCUCUGGCAGAGGCCCUGCUCAGUGGAGACCUGGAGAAGUUUACCAAGGUGCUUGUGGAGCAGCAGCAGGAUCGAGCCCGGCGGGAGCAGGAAAGGAUCCGUCUGUUUUCAGCUGACCCUUUUGAUCUAGAGGCUCAGGCCAAGAUAGAAGAAGAUAUAAGGCAACAAAAUAUUGAAGAGAAUAUGACGAUAGCCAUGGAAGAGGCCCCGGAGAGCUUUGGCCAAGUGGUGAUGCUCUAUAUCAACUGCAAAGUCAAUGGACAUCCAGUGAAAGCCUUUGUUGACUCAGGUGCCCAGAUGACCAUUAUGAGCCAAGCUUGUGCUGAAAGGUGUAACAUAAUGAGACUAGUAGACCGGCGGUGGGCAGGAAUUGCAAAGGGUGUUGGCACACAGAAAAUCAUUGGCAGGGUGCACCUCGCUCAGGUUCAGAUUGAAGGGGACUUCCUCCCGUGUUCUUUCUCGAUCCUUGAAGAGCAGCCAAUGGAUAUGCUUUUAGGACUGGAUAUGCUUAAGAGACAUCAGUGUUCCAUUGAUCUCAAGAAGAAUGUCCUAGUGAUUGGCACCACUGGCUCGCAGACGCCUUUCCUUCCAGAGGGAGAGCUCCCGGAGUGCGCUAGAUUGGCAUAUGGGGCAGGGAGAGAGGACAUGCGGCCAGAUGAGAUUGCAGACCAAGAACUGGCAGAAGCGCUACAGAAAUCCGUAGAGGAAGCAGAGAAUAGUGAUAAAGAAACUACCUCACUGGAAAUGCCAUCGUUACCAACUUCUGAUGGAUUGAAAAAUCCAGUCCAUUCUUCAGGACUAAGUUCCAAGAUCUGUAAUCCCACAAAUCAAUUACUUGACCGCUCUGUCUCCGCCCCUGCUUCAGUUGGCUCGCACAAAUCUAGCCUAGCAGAGAAAAUUGAUCCUGGAGCUGUGAAGUCUUUGGAGUCUUCAGCUGAAUGCCAGAUUACCCCAGAAAAAGACCAUUCUCAUCUGUUACACAGUCUUGCUGACCAUGCUUCUUCAGCAGACAAUGACCAGCAGACAGGAGAAGCCACUUAUCGUGGUCCUAAUAUCUCGUCACAGAAUACACUUGAAAAAACCGCUGCUGCUGAUAGUCUAAAGGAAAAGAAUACUAAAGCACGUGGCCACGAUCUGGAAUCUCCUCUAGAGGUGACAAGGGAAGAGAUGCCUGACACCAGUAUGUGUGCACAGCAGACAGUUCCAGCGUUACCUCUGCCUUCAGAACAACUGGAAUUGAACCAAAUGAAUGAGCUUCCUUUACAUCUGCAGAGAUACGAACCAGUAAAUGAACGACAUCUGGAGAAGCAGAAUGAACCAACUGACCCAGAGUAUCCUUGUAACAUUGGUGGCCUUGAGUUACCUGCUCUGGGGGAGCAGGGCCUUACAAACAUUCAGCCAGAAUCCCUUGCUGACUCUCUUGCUGAGAAGAGAGGACACGGACUGGAGAAGGUAGGGCUUUCACGUGAGAGAGAAAAUGCCCAAAUGUCAGCAUCCUGUAGCUGUACGCUUACGGAAACCUUCAUGGAAAUAGAUGUAGGUGAGCAGCCUGCAAUUGAAGUGCGUGGCUUGUCAAGGGAGCAGAGUGCUCAAACUAAGACCAUUAGUGCAUCUGGUCUGAAUAUCGACUGUCCUUUGAUGGAGAUGGAAUCAUCAAAGCAGGAAUCUUCUUUGUCUGAACCUUUGAAUAAUCCAUUUUCCACUAGUGAUUUACUGUUGCCUGAAAGCAACGUUGAAAUGACUGGAAUGUGUAAUGAGUUAUCUAACUCGGUGGCUGAAAAGAGCUCUUCCUCCUCUGGCAUUUGUCAACUACACACCGAUCCAGCAGCAUCCGCAGAAGAGCCAUCUUUGUCUUUAGCAUCAGCCUUAAAGGAGCUUCAUGAACUCUUGAUUAUAAAUUGUAAAGGGGAUUCAAAAAUUCUUGCACCAGAAGAGGAUGCCUGUCAGCUGGCAAAGGUCCCUGAAGAGCAAGUACAAUGUGAGGAGCUUUCUAAAGAUGAACAUGGAAACAUGGGUCCAGAUGGACAGGACCUAAACAGCUCCUUUCAUCAGGAGAGGUUUGAACCGAUGAACUCUGAAGGGCCAACUGAGGAACCACCUUGUCCUGAUGAAACUGAAAACAUGAGCGUCCAGUUUUUUAAUCCUAGCCAGACAGCUGUUGAGAGAGAUGCUCUAGAGAUACAGAUGUCACCAAGUACAAGCGAUUCUGUCAUUCUGAGCUCAGUCACGACAUCGAAUCAAGUACACGUGGAGCAGGCAGAAAUUGGACCUGAACGGUCAUUAAACGACCAACAUCCAACCAAUCAGACUUUGGAGAAGAAUAAAUCGUUUCCACCGGAGCUCGUGGUGGGUGAAGAUGCCCCUCCGAACCUCUUCCCAGGAAUGCCUGGAGUAACCAACAGGUCCGCAAGUACUGAAGAUCUGAGGCCACCCCAUCAAAUUAUAGAGCGACCGCCGCACCCACCCGUCAGCUAUCCAGAACUGAGCUCCAUAGUUCCUCCACCGCCCCUUUUUCCUGCCGCUGACAUCAAUCAGAUUCUCUGUGCUGGCUUUACCCUGCAGGAAGCUCUCGAGGCUUUGGAACGAGCUGGUGGAAAUGCAGACCUUGCUCUUCUCAGUCUGCUAGCCAAGAAUAUCCGAGUUCCUACAUAGCCAUGGAAAGGGUGGCCUGACUGGUCUGUUCUUCUAGAGAAUGUACCUGAAUGGUAGAGUAACCUGCAAGCAAAAUGUUGAGCCAGAUUUUUAAACGAGCACCAUUUAUUUGCAGCCAAAGUCCAUUUAGCUUUUCUGUUUCUCUUGUUAAAUUUGGGCCUUUUAAAACAAACAAACAAAAUGUCUUGGCAUUGUGUGGACACAGUAGCUUUUAAUUCUCCUUAAGAUGAUGCAUACUGGAAUAAAAUGUAAUGUUUUUAUUUAAAUGUACAAUUUUAGAAUGAUCUUCAAUAUUAUGAAAUAAAAAGCAGAAGCCAUUGAGAAAACCAUCACCCUGUUCAGCAAAAAGCAGAUUGGGAAAUGAAUUGAAUAUGCAUGUGCGUGCAUCUACAGCCGAAGCAUAGCAUGUGAUGUUACUGAAAGAGAUGCAUACAAGCUAGCUAUUCAGUAUGGUGCAGACUGAAACGGAGCUUGUCACAGUGAAGCCUUUUGGAUUUGUACCAGUUAUCACUCUACUGUGCUUUAUAACCUGAUAUUCAUCUGUGAUGCUGAUGAACAACUGUUGCAGCUACUAGAGGUGUAUUGAUGUCCAUAGGGCUCAGGAUCCAAAAACCUUUGUGGGGCGGGGGGCAUGUAAACUUGCACUUUUUUUGUGCGUUGAAAUCUGAAGCCUAGAUUGCCAAAAUAUUUGACGCUAAUGGGCCAGUGUGUUAAAGUUUACAGGGAAAAUACUGAGUUUGGUGCUACCAAAAAUGAGACAAAGCAACUGACCUGCAGUUAUCCUCGUGGAGGAAGUGGAAAGGAAUUAUUUUACCUUUUUAGAGGUGUGCCCACCCCAUUUUCCCCCAUGCAAAAGAAAAAGUCCAGCCUUCUUAAGCAGAACCCUAAUAAUGAAAUUGCUUAACAAAAGAGAUUGCAUCUGUUGCUGUGACUUGUCUCUACCCCACACCUAGUUUCACCUUAGUACUUACAAAGGAAUUUACUGUAACUGUUCAGUGGAUGAAUUGUCUAUGCACUGAGUAGGAACAUGUGAUUUAAAGGAAUGAAGAAAUCCGCUUUGCACUAGUUUAUCUCUGCGCUUGAGAGGGAUUGGCCCCUUGACUGUAGAAAUGCUAACUGCAAAAAAACCCCUUCUUAGUGGCUUGCAGUGUACUAGUUUAGUACCACUUGAUAGGUGAGGGCUCCCCAAGUCAAGUUUUCAUUAAGGUGAACUCGAACCUAGAGCACUGAUCUGGCUUCUGUAUUACAACCAUUGUUGCCUUUUGGGAAGCCCUCACCAAGAUCUCUGUCUGUGUAGGACCCACUGAGGCUGUGCUGGGGAGGCCCUUUAUUGGGGGAUAAAAUGCUUUCUUGGGCUGAACUGCUCUUUCUGCUUCUCUACAGAGCCUUAUCGUAUUAUUAGGGAGGGGAAAAGGGAAAAGCAUGAUAAAACCUGUUACCAAAUUGUAAGUAGAAACUUUGAUUUAGUCCCAUUUGCAGAUCUCCGUGAAGUGGUAGCUUCAUGUAAAAUGUAAUCUUUAACUUCCUGCUUCAAGCAAAACAAGCUGAAGUCAUAAAUCCACAGUGGCUGGACAUCCAUCUUCUCAACACAUUUUGUACUUGGGGGGAGGGAGGGUUUGGGGGUCUCAGGCCUGUCCAUGUUUGUUCUUGCUUAGAAUAACUGCAUAUAUGUAUUUGGGGCUUUCAUGGGAGCUGAUUUACAAAAACACAUGUAUUCUGUCGGACUGCAUAGGCUUUCUGAUGUCAGUGAUGAAAGAUUUGACAGAUCUUUUUAGGUACCUAGGUAGUCAAGAAAGCCUUUGGAACAAAUAAAAAGCUUUGAGGAAUCCUGUGAACAGCUAACAGAUCUUUCACUGAAUUGUGAGUAUGUAACCUAGGCAAAAUCAGUUUAUUUUAGACUCUGUUUGAGUUGAGAUCUUGAAGAAAUGCAGGUGCUUCACAAUGUUUCCCAUGCAGCUCAUGACAGUAAGUCCCUGAUAAAAUACUUUGGUAUUCUACAUACGGCAAGCAUCCCAGAGAACGCAGUACCUCCUGUAGUGUCUCAGGCCAUUAUUGCAGAACUGUCCUAACAAGUGCUCUAAGGAGACAAGAUGCACUGCUAUAUCCAUCGCUGGUUGCAUGUGAUUCGCUAGGCUGAAAGCAGCAACUAAGGGCAAAGUUCUUCCGACACAGCGUCCUCAAACUCAAGAGCUGGGCUCUCCUCCUGUGUAUGUUCAUACAGCCCCAUGGUUUUUGAGUGGGGAGCUCCUUGAGGAGGCUGUCAGCUGGUGUAGCUCCACUGAAGACACCUGAAGGUCUGCCCUCUUGUGCGUAUCUAGAAGCUGACUUUGUGCUUUAGCAUGCAGAUUGAUUUACUGCCAGCUCCUUCAUAUGUCAGACGGGCAUCAUUCAGUGUUAUAAUGGCCCUUUCCCUGUUUGCAUUUUAUUUUGUAGAAGCAACUGCUAAUAGCUAGAUGAAGUGCGGCUGCUUUGCACCAAAACGGUUAAAGGGUCUGAUUUAAUCUUUUAAGUGGCCACGUUUACUUAGAGAUUGCACAUGCUGACAUUAUGCUGUAGAAGCUUUAGAGCAUCAGCCAAUUUGCUUCAAUACUCAGUUUUAUGCUUUGUCAAAUCUAUUGUAAGUUAAGGGAUUUUUUUUAAUGUUUUUUUUUUUUUUAAUCUGUCUUUCUGCGAAAGCCUUUUUUGAGAAUAGAUGCUAAUUAAGACUGCUAGAAUUUCCUCUGUAGCUUCCUCUAAACUGCUAGAAAAAGACUGAUGGCUAGAAACCGUUGAGCUUCAAGCUGUAAAAUAACCCUACCAAUAUUAACUAAGAUCAGUCCAAGCCUGGUGAUUUAAUCUCUGUUACAUGAAACCCUGCUUUGAGUGAGCAAUGCUACUGAAUUAAAACAGAAUGAUUUGGGGUCUUUAGAAACAAGAUUUGAUAACAAUGGUAAAAUUUAAUGUUUUGGAGAUUUCAAGCGUUUUAAAGGCAUGGUGCUCAUCUAGUGGAAUGUAUACGGUUUUCCUUGGAUGCUAAGAACUGUUGUACGCUGUUUUAUUGUGUAGUAGGUGCUUUCCCUGUUCCCUAGGUCUGUACAAUGUAUUGUGUGGAGUCAGAAGUUGGAUAAUAAUGAGAGGAGAGAUUGCAUAUAUUUGUCGUCUUUAAACAGAUUUUGUCCCUCCCCACCCCCCC